AUGCGCCAUUUGAGGAGCACUCAUCCUGCCAUUUUGCAGGGUGCAGAGGAUGGCAUUCCCCCUGUACCCAGGCCUGCUACUGACACUGCUGGGCCAUCUAAGCAAGGAUCUGCACCUUUCACCAUCGUGGAGGAUGAGGGAUUCAGGGCCUUUGUGAAAAAGCUUGAUCCAAGCUAUGUCCUCCCAUCCCGGAAGGUGCUUAAAGCAAUGGUCAGCGAAAGGUACGACAAAGCCAAGGAGAAGACAAUGGAGGACCUACAAAAGGCCGAAUUUGUUAGCCUUACGGCUAACAUGUGGUCCUCCAUUAAUAUGGACGGAUAUCUUGCUCAGGUAACAAGUGGACAGAUAUUUACGACCCCGCCAGGAGGAUUUCCAUGUAAGACAAUCAUGCAUGUUUGUGGAGAGAGGGACGCCAGUGUUAUCAAGACCUUGGCGAAAGCAAUAGUGGUUCAAUGUGAACACGGCCGCUACCGGUCUGUGGCCAUUCCUGCUAUCUGUGCUGGACAAGGAGCUUUGGAUGCAAAAGUGGUUGCCAAGUCUAUUCUAGAGGGAGUAAAGGAUGGUGUUCAAGGAGCUAAUCUUCAAUAUCUCAGAACUAUUCGGAUCAUUCUGCUGAAGAUUAAUGUUUUCCUGGAGUUUAAAGCGAUGGCACAGCAAAUCUUUGGUGGUAAUACACAGUUGACAGCUCCUGCACCACUUGUACCAACAAACGUAACCUCCAGAGGGCGCAGUGGAUCAACUAUAUCACGCAGAUCACAAUCACGCAGAUCACAAUCAUUUUCUUUACAACACUCUCUUGACUUGAGUUCUCUAGUCAGUGCUUUGCCAGUCACAGAGAACACAGCAGCAUUUCUAGUGAUCGGUCACACAGAUAAUGAAGUGUGUGAUGCCUGCAGAGAACUCCAGCGGGCGUAUGAGAGCCAGUGCUCCACACACUCUUUCCACCCAGAGGAGAUUGAACGUCUCACUCAGGAUGAGAUGAACCAGCUGCUCUCUAAAGUCGAUUCCCUGCACCUGAAGCUGGAACAGAGCAGCUCUGGAGGAUGGGAACUGAAAGGGCUGAAGGAUGGAGUUAAUGAGGUGGUUAGACUGAUACAAGAUGCACUUCGCAGACAGGUAAGAGAGAAGGACCAAGCAUCCCUCUUCACUCAAGUCACAUGGUGCAUUCUGGGACCACGGGGCGUUUGGCAGAAGGUGCCCCCAGAGGAGAAUUAUAAGCUUGAGAGAGAAGAUGUGAAAGAUGGAAUUAUUGAUGCACAGGGUGUGAAAUGGACUGUGGAUUUGAGAAAGUUGGAGGCCACAGCAUGUGGUUCAGGACACGUGACGUCUCUCAAACGACUGGAGAACCUUUUAGAUUUCUCUUUGCCCAUCAACUGGGACAACAUGAGUCACAGUGACCUGUUAAAGGUGAUCGCUUUAGAUCAGCAAUCUAUGGAGUACCAGACCGUGAAGGCAGACUUCAAGAAGACCGUCACAAAAACAGUGCUCAAGGUUUGA